UGAUUAUUUGCUAAAUUUAUUUUUUGUGCUUCCGCGUGAUGAUCCCCAAAGAAGAAAAACAAAAUCAAUAAAAAUUCAAUUGCAAAAUAGUGGAAAAUCUCAGCUGCGAAUGAUCUAGGUACCUCAGUCUCCUUCUAGAUUUGGCACUGUUUCAUCAGAUCUGGGUGAUUGAUCCACCACAUUUGGAUCUAGAGAAGAAGAGACAUGGCAGGAGCUGCUUCUGCGCUGUUUUUGCUCGAUAUCAAGGGUCGCGUUAUCGUCUGGCGUGACUACCGCGGCGACGUCUCCGCCGCUCAAGCCGAGCGCUUCUUCUCCAAGCUCAUCGAGAAAGAGGAUGAUUCACAGUCAAACGAUCCAGUUGCUUACGAUAAUGGGGUCACUUACAUGUUUGUACAACAUACUAACGUUUACCUUAUGAUAGCCUCCAGACAAAACUGUAAUGCUGCCACCCUUCUCUCCUUCCUUCACCGUGUUGUCGAUGUCUUCCAGCAUUACUUUGAGGAGUUAGAGGAAGAAUCUCUCAGGGAUAAUUUUGUCGUUGUGUAUACCGAAGGAAGAAUCCUCAGUGAAUUCAUCAAGACUGAUGCAUAUAGAAUGGAAGUUACACAGAGACCUCCAAUGGCUGUCACUAAUGCUGUCUCCUGGAGGAGUGAGGGAUUACAGUACAAGAAGAACGAAGUUUUCUUGGAUGUAAUUGAGAAUCUAAAUAUUCUUGUCAACAGUUAUGGGCAAAUCCUCAGGUCUGAUGUGGUUGGAGCCCUGAAGAUGCGUACUUACCUGACUGGAAUGCCAGAGUGUAAGUUAGGACUGAAUGAUAGAGUAUUGCUUGAAGCCCAGGGACGAGCAACAAAGGGAAAGGCCAUUGAUUUAGAGGACAUCAAAUUCCAUCAGUGUGUUCGAUUGGGCCGUUUUGAAAAUGACAGAACCAUAUCUUUCAUACCACCUGAUGGGGCUUUUGAUCUGAUGACAUAUACACUCAGUACUCAGGUAAAGCCUCUUAUAUGGGUUGAAACGCAAAUAGAAAAGCAUUCCAAAAGCCGUGUUGAGAUGCUUGUAAAAGCUUAAAGUCAGUUCAAGGAACGAAGAUAUCACUACAAGAAAAAUGUAUGUUCUUAGCGGAAGAAAACAGCUAUCGUAUGCUUUUGUUAGCAUUAUUGAAAGCGCUAUGUUUGCCCCAGCUAUCUUAGGUCUCCCUUUUAUUAUAGCAUUUUCGUAAAAGCUGUUGUAGUUUAACAUUAA